AUGGCACAUAAUCACAACUACCGUGUAGGUCAACGAGUGUCGUUUCAGGGGCAAUUAUGCACGAUUAGAUAUAUUGGAGAGGUCAAGGAUACAGAGAAGGAAUGGCUUGGGGUUGAAUGGGACGACCCUUCGCGGGGUAAGAAUGAUGGGAAAGGGUACUUUGAAUGUUUGAGCAAGGCACCAACUCCAGCAAGCUUCGUACGUCCUACCAGAAAAGCAGAUCCCGAGCAGAGCUUUGUCGAAGCGGUGUUCAGUAAAUACGCCCCUGGAGAUGGCAUAAACCCGCACAAACAAACUGUGAUAUCUGGGAAGGUUGCAGAGGAAGUUGGAUUUGAUAAAAUUGCUGAGCAACAGGCUCGGGUACAUGAACUGAAAGUUGUUUUGGUUGACGGACAGCGCAUCAAUAGGGCUCAUACUAAACUUGACACAAUGGAGGCCACGGCUACGCCAGUGGUUUAUCUUACUGCCAGGGAAGCAUGUCCCGGUAUCGUUCAGCUGGAUUUGAGUAGGAAUCUUUUAGAAGGUUUGGAUGAGGUAGAAAGGAUCUGUGAGCAGUUGCCAAACUUGAAAAUUCUGAGACUAAACGGAAAUCGAUUAGCGUCUGCUGUAAAGAAAAGCAUAGACGCUAUGUUUCUGGGAUCCGUUGAACAAAUUUUCGACAAGAUUCAGACUCUUGAAAUGGACGAAGCGGGUAUCGAUUGGGGUGAUCUUUGCCUACUCAUGCUAAGGUUCUGCUCUACAACAUCUCUGACGGCAUCAUCAAAUGGCUUCGGGAAAAUGAAUAUGCCUUUCCCCUGCCUUUCUGUCACCUCUUUAACACUUGAGAGGAACGAAUUUCAAUCAUUGACGGAUUUAGAGGUACUAACUCGACUCACAGCCCUCGAAUCGUUACUUCUCAAAGGAAACAAGAUAAUUACAACAGGAACAAUAACAGGGCCAGGUGCUGUCAAAACAUUCACUCCAUUAGUCUUCAACAAGAAGUUAUCAUACAUCGAUCUAUGUGACAACUGCGUCGACAAUUGGGAUUUUGUUGAUGAACUUGCUGACAUCUUUCCUGGCAUGACAUCUUUACGACUAUCCAAAAAUCCACUUUAUCCAGAAACAAGUAGUGACGCCACAAUGGGAAGUCUCGACGAGGCAUUUAUGUUGACUUUGGCACGUCUUGGGAAUCUUAAAAAAUUGAACUAUAGCAGCAUUACCCCCCAGGAUCGAAAUAAUGCAGAAUUAUUCUACCUCUCGAAAAUCGGCAACGAACUUGGAGCUGUAGAACUCGACCAAGAAUCUACAGUACUUUCCAGACACAAACGAUACGAGGAGUUGUGUGGCCUUCAUGGUCUUCCGGUAGUGGUGAGGAAAGAAGAAGCGGGGAUUAAUCCAGCUUUCUUAGAAGCACGUUUGAUAAAAUUCACAUUCUACGUUCCCGCAAGACCGGAGACUAAUCAACAGGAAAUGACAAUAGUGAAAGAGAUUCCUAAGACGUUUGAUGUUUACCGGGUUAAGGGUAUUGUGGGGAGACUUCUGGGUUGUAGACCAAUGAGUUUGAAACUCAUUUGGGAAACGGGAGAAUGGGAUCCAGUGGCAGGAUACGAUGAUGUUGGUGAGGAUAGUAGUGAUGAAGAUGAAGAUGAAGUUGAAGUUAUAGGCCAGAUGGGAGAAGCUUUGGCUCAUGCGAAACUUCUUGAAGAAGAACCCGAAGGCAUCGAUUCCGGUAUGGACAUGAAGACAGUUGAUGCACAAACUCACGAACAACCGGAGAAGAUCAUGGCAGGCAAAUUCAUGAAAAGAGAAGUAGAGUUGGAGGAUACUGCGAAAGACGUAGGUUUCAGGGUGGAUGAGAUGGAGGCUAGGGUUAGAGUAGAAUUCAAAGCUUGA